UUCUGAUAUCUGCAGUGCAUGUAGCCACAGCAAGGUCCUUUUUCUGCCCUUGGAAAAAGACAGACUGCAUCUCAGGCUUUUUAAAGAUUUCUUUGCUUGUUUACAAAGAAUUUAAAGUAAAGCUAGCUGCCUUCGCCUUUUUGGUUACAAUUAAUUGGAGAAUGUGUGAGGUACCACCUAAGUAUUUUGGUGUGCUUGAGAAUUAUAACAUAAUAAUGAAAUCUUGGAAUAGUUAGUUUACUCUAUGAGGACUGAAACAGCUGUCAUUUCCGAAAGCCAGACUGAUUAUCCAACAAAAGAUUCGGACCAGGAUGUAGCACUCAAACUUGCCAGAGAACGAGCUGAAAUCGUUGCUAAAUAUGACAGAGGACGAGAAGGUGCAGAGAUUGAACCUUGGGAAGAUGCUGAUUAUCUUGUUUACAAAGUCACGGAUAGAUUUGGCUUUUUGCAUGAGGAGGAGCUCCCAUACCAUAAUGCAGCUAUGGAACGGCAAAAGCACCUGGAAAUUGAAAGAACUACCAAAUGGCUGAAAAUGCUGAAGGGAUGGGAAAAAUACAAGAACACUGAAAAGUUUCACAGAAGAAUAUACAAAGGAAUUCCCCUCCAGCUCCGAGGUGAAGUCUGGUCUCUCCUUCUUGAGAUCCCUAAAAUGAAAGAAGAAACACGAGACCUUUAUAGCAAAUUAAAACACAGAGCACGGGGCUGUUCGCCUGAUAUCAGACAAAUAGACCUUGACGUCAACCGUACAUUUAGGGACCAUAUUAUGUUUAGAGACAGAUACGGUGUUAAGCAACAAUCUUUAUUCCACGUUCUUGCUGCAUAUUCUAUUUAUAAUACGGAAGUUGGGUACUGUCAGGGAAUGAGCCAGAUCACAGCCCUGCUGCUCAUGUACAUGAAUGAGGAAGAUGCUUUCUGGGCCCUCGUCAAGCUCUUCUCAGGCCCCAGACAUGCCAUGCACGGCUUUUUUGUCCAAGGUUUUCCUAAACUUUUGAGGUUUCAAGAACAUCAUGAAAAAAUACUGAAUAAAUUUCUGUCUAAGCUUAAGCAACAUUUGGAUUCUCAAGAAAUCUACACAAGUUUUUACACAAUGAAGUGGUUUUUUCAGUGUUUCCUUGAUCGUACUCCCUUCACACUGAACCUCAGAAUAUGGGACAUCUACAUCUUUGAAGGAGAACGAGUUCUUACUGCUAUGUCUUACACAAUCCUAAAAUUACACAGAAAACAUCUGAUGAAAUUGUCUAUGGAAGAACUUGUAGAAUUUCUUCAGGAGACUCUAGCAAAGGACUUUUUCUUUGAAGAUGAUUUUGUAAUAGAGCAACUUCAGAUUUCUAUGACAGAAUUAAAGCGAGCAAAGUUAGAUCUCCCAGAACCUGGUAAAGAGGACGAAUAUCCAAAGAAACCUUUGGGACAGCUUCCACCUGACUUUCAUUCUUGUGCUAUCAAUCACAUGAGCAAUGGGCAAAGAAGUGUGGGCAGGCCCAGUCCGCACAUAAACAGCAGAAGAGAAGCUGGUUCUCACAGAUGGCAUGAGCCCUCACCCCACCAUCAAAGUAAGACUGGUACACCAGAACGAGUGCGGCAGCUCAGACAGAAAUCAGUGGAUGAAGAGAGCAAAACUCUUAGAGACGAGGAGAAUUUUCAAAGAAAACGUUCAUCAGGUCCACAAGACACUUCCAAGCCCUAUAACCACGCAGCUGCUAACCAAAAUAGCAAUGCUACUUCACAUAUCAGGAAGGAAUUUAUGCCCAGAUGGAAUAAACCAUCGGAUAUUUCAGCUGUGGAAAGAACUGCCAGGCAUGUCGUGGAAGGCAGAGGCAGAUCAGUGCACCCUGCACUCACAGCCUCCAUUCCAAGUUCUGCUGACGCUCGAGUAGCAAAUGCAAAGCAGAAGAUGAAGGUCUGGGAUGGUGAUGAUGGGAAGCGGGGCUCUAACGCAUCCCAGUACGAUAACGUGCCUGGGAGCGAAAACGAGAACGGCGCUUCUGUGGAAGAGGCCCUCGAGAGGGCCUACGCUCAGAGUCCAAGGAACGUCAUCUCUAACAGCCCAAGGAAGCACGCUGAGCCAGGGUGUAGCCCACCAAAAGUGUCCAACAAGUUUACUUUUAAAGUCCAGCCUCCAAGCUAUGGGAAGUACCCAUCUCAUUUAGAAGGGGAAGAUCAAGGGACCAUGCAACCUCCAUCCUACAGCAAUCCCCCUGUUUACCACGGAAGCUCUCCGAAGCACCUCCCUCCUCCUAACAGCUUUGUGUCUCCACAGAUUAGUCCUGGAACUCAGAUGAAUCCUUCCAGGAGACCUUGUGGUUCUACGCUUUCGGUUGAUAUUUCUCCAGAGAAAUCGUACAGCCGCCCAGCCCCUCUUGUACUACCAUCUAGUCGAAUAGAAGUCCUUCCUGUUGGUAUUGGUGCUGCAGGGUACUCGGGCAAUUCAGGGUCACCAAAGAAUGGUAAAUUCAUCAUUCCUCCAGUAGAUUAUUUACCAGAUAACAGAAAAUGGUCGGAAGUUGGUUAUACGUACAGACCGGAGAUGCAUGGGCAGUCAUGGACUGGUGAUACUAAUCGCAGCCACUUCAGCAAUUUACCAAAAUACUCAGCCUUUCAGCACAUGCCCUUUCAGGACCAUAACCUGCCAGCAGUUUCAGUGGAUAGCCCAGUGCGGUAUAAAACUUCAGCUGUAGAAGAUGCCAGUCCAGCCGGGUAUCAAUAUGCAGGGCCCUCGCCUCCCGCAUACCACUACAGAAAUCGGGAGGGAAUCUCUGUUCAAGAGUCAGUAUUGCUGUGAGAAUUUAUCUUUACUAAAGACAAGAGAAUACAAACCAUAUGAAACCUACAUUGCUAUGUUUUAAUUGCCAAAGCAGUAUUUUAUAUUAUUGUGAACAACUCGCACAAUUCUAACGUGUAUUAGUGAUAAGAAUAUAUAGAAACAUUUUCAUUCCCAUGUAGAUGCUGCUUAAGAUGAGCAUUUUAAAUUGUGUCAUCACUGAACCUCUAAAAAUGUAACCUGGAAACAUAGCAAUAGCAUUUAGGGAUUCACACACUGAUGAUUCUUUGCUCAGUUUCAUUUACAUUCUUCCACCCUGGACGUUUUUACUCGGUUGGCCCAUUCUGUUUUGACCAAUGUUAUAAAGCAUUGGAAAAUUGUCAGAUAUUUUUAAGGCUCUAUGUGGUGUAUGUGUCUUUUAAUAGCUAUUAUAAUCAUCUAUACGUACACACUUGAGCACAGAAUUGAAAUUUUUUUUAAGCUAUUUUCAAUCUAGAUCCAUGAAUUUACUCUUCUUUUCCUUAUCUUUCAGUCCAGUUUUGUCCCCUUCAUAUUUUUAACCCAAAACCUAACCUGAUUAAAAAUUUGCCCUGACUUCAUUAAUGCAUCUCAGCAAGUGCUCAUCCUUCUCCUUCAGCUGCUGCCAUUUUCUUUCAAUCGGAAAAUUAAAGACAUUGGCGAGAAAAGCUAACCACUCAAUGGUGCUUAAAAAUUGGGGCAGUCAGGGCAGAGGCGCAGCGCUUGCUGUACCCUUACCCAGACCAGCUGCAGUGCUUCCGCGCUCUGUGCCGGCUGGGAAGCCAGGGAGCCGUCGCUGCCCAGCACUGGAGCUCUGCAGGGAAGGCUGCAGCUGACUGGGGGGCGGCUGUGCGGGCGCGGGGUUGGCAGCGUGGCCCCCCAACCCUGCCCCUUCGUCCUGUGGCGCCUGUCGCCCACGGCCCAGGCAGUUGUUACCUGACCCAUUUCUGACGCUCUUUAGAAAUGUAGUCAGCUUGAUAUUGCUGCUCAUACCAGGCCUUUACAUUGUUUAUCCAUGUUAAAAUUGUAAAAAAAAAAAACCCUAAUUAUUAAUAGGAGUCUAGAAUUUUGACCCUUUUAAAAUACUGUGUGACUUUUAUACUUUCAAAGAUCUUUUCUCCUUUUUCAGGUUUAUAGUUAAAAAAAAAUCAGUGCUGUCUUUAAAAAUAUUCUAUUACACUACAGUUAGCAAACACUGGCGAAGUUCUGGACACUCCAACGAAGUAGGACAGUGUGUUGGAGGGGAAUGCUUAUUCCAGCAUUACUUUGCUCAUAUUUGCGUAACUGAAAGUAGAUGAUCUGACAUUGAUGGUUCUUCCUGUUGCAAGUUGGGGCUGUAAGCUUUUGAGGUACAAAAGUAUGUGUUAAAAUGGAAGUAACAUUUAUUUAGCUAGUGAAUGUGAGAAUAUUUUUAUGUAUAUAGUCUACUAUAAUUUUAGUCAACUUCUAAUGAUGUUACUAAUGGCAAAUCAAAUGCAGUGUAUUAAAGCUAAACACUACACUGAAACCCAGAAUGCUGAUAAAAUAACUGGGCUCUUGAUUUAGAUCAUGUGGAAGCUGAGAAAUAAAUGUAUAUAAAAAUAUAGCAGAUUAUAUUAAGUCCAAUUUUUAAACUGUUUCUGUGACUUGUAAUAAACCAAGCUGUACAAUUUAGUUUAUGAUAGUAGCAUCUGAGCUGCUCCAAAAUAUAUAUCAACAAUGGUAAAUACUGUAGAUUUAUAUAUAUGCGCAAAAUAUAUAUAUACACACGCAUACUAUUUUCUUAUGUCAUCUAUGACAUUUUUUACUUGUAUGCUUUUUUGAUGUGAUUUUUUAACAUGCUAAAAGUAAUUUG